UUUAUACGUACAAUAUGUAGCUACAGCAGUGCCACCUGAAUGUAUAGGAUUAAAGUGCUUUUUUAGUUUAAAUCUGACUUUGCCUUUUUAGUCCGAAUGAAGUAUGAAUCAACUAAUUGUUGCAUAAAAUCAUCCACGAAUUAUUUAUAUUCGACUCUGAUAUUACUCGAGCGUUUCUUUCUUAUUGCGCGUUGACAAUUUGAAGCAUUAUUUUUCGCACUGAUUCUCUGCGACGCAUUUAACACUCACGUGCGGUUAAACAAAUGUCAAAUUCACUACCAUUGCACUCGCAUAAGAUACUCGGUUUACAAUAAUAAAGCAACUGAUAGCAUUUAAGUUCUGCAAUAACUUUUCUACCUACGAUCACACAAAAGAUCAUUUAGAAGUGAUAGCGAAAAUAAUAAUUUCUAAUAAAUUAGUCACAUAGGUAUACACUUUUAAAUUGCAAUCAUUUACAUGCAAAGAACUGUCCGUGCUUUGAUUAAACGUUAGAUAAAAACUUAAACAUUAAGUAGACCAAAAGGGCGGCUGGAAAACGUAUUGAAAACUUUUCUUAAUUAUAUGGUAGAAUUACAGGAAAUAUCUUAAAUUUAUUUAGACACGUAUUAAGAAAGUCAGUCAUGAGUACCAAAAAAAUCUGAAUGUGAAUAAGCUUAAUUACAUUGAAUACAUUACGUAUUAUAAACGAUAGAUUUAUGUGUGAAUAUUUAAGAUUGAAAUUGAGUUAUUAUGACUACCAAUGUUUAUCUUAAUUUUGAAUAUUUUAUUUUGACAGUUAACAAAACUAUAUUAUAGAUGCCGGUCACAACGGUAUGUUCCAUUAUAUGAGAGAUAAUAGAAAAUUUGAACGAAAUACUUAUAGCUCGUUGUCAAUACAAUGUAGGUGAAUGGAAAGAUUCAUUUUCAAAGAUCUUCCUUCCUUCCUUCCUUCAUGACUGCUUCUUCCAAUGAGAAGGUGUGCCAGUUCAAAAAUUUUACAGACUGAACGUACUUGAAAGAAGCAGGGGAAGAGGAUUAAAUAAUGGAGAAACCUUUCAGACCAUUUCCUCAUAAUUUAAGUUGGCUGACUUAGAAUGACUUAGAAUAUGAUACGAGGUAUGGCACAAUAAACAUUAUCAACAAUAACCGUUAAUCUCCUCACAAUUUAAGUUGGCUGACUUAGAAUGACUUAGAAUAUGAUACGAGGUAUGACAUGAUAAACACUAUCAAUAAUAACCGUUGUAAAUUCAAACGUGUCUCCUUCGUCUAGUCUUGAAAUAUUUGCUGAUGCUUUCGUCAAGAACACGACGGGGGGUCGCGUGAACUCCAACAUCCUUAUAUAAUUACGAAAUUCGUGUAAAUUCUGUAAUUAAUUCUUAAUCCUGUAAACUAGUAAAUUGUAGAACGAUCGUGCAAUGUGAAAGCACACAAUAACAUGCGUCGGUAAUUGUAUUAAAAUAUAUCUGAAUGACAAUGUCAUUCACGCGAGAGGAAAAUAUUUUAAAAUCAUCAGGGCAAAGCCAAGUCAAUAUUUGCAAGAGAAGAAAUUCUUUUUUCUUAAAAUGGAAGUGAUAAGAAAUCGGGUGAUAAAAUAUCCUAUAAAAUGCUCUUCCUGGAGUCACAACCGUCAGUACGUUGGAGAUGUAUUAAAGUAAGGCGACUCAGUCCUAGUCCCAUUGCUUUGGUGUUAAAUACAAGUGUCAUUACUAUCUCUUCGGUGUUGAAGAAGAAAUAAGCAAGAUGGACGCCACGAACACCAAGCAAUGGCCGCAAUACUUAGCAGCAAUCACAGCGACAAUUGCUCUGGCAACAACUGGAGCUCAUAUUGGUUGGACGUCACCUACUCUACCACUUCUGAAGAGUUCAAAUUCACCACUUCCAAUAACGUCCAAUGAAGCUUCCUGGAUAGCAUCCUUCUAUUUGCUAGGUGCCGUUCCUGGUAACAUUAUCGCGGCAUUCCUGGUUAAUCAUUUAGGGCGUAAGAUAAGUCUUCUACUAGCAGGAGCGCCACUUCUUCUUGGUUGGGUCUUGAUCCUGGUAGCAUGGAAUCCAUAUGUUUUAUACGCAUCACGUUUAAUCAGCGGUAUAGGUCAGGGAAUAAUUUACGUAGUAUGCCCAAUGUACAUUGGGGAAAUAGCUGACAAGAAUAUACGAGGUGCACUUGGUUCCUUUAUAAGGUUAAUGGUCACUUUUGGAGAGCUGUAUGCUCACGCUGUGGGUCCAUUUGUCUCGUACGAGUGGCUGGCGUAUGCAUGCGUGGCAUUGUCACUAGUAUUUUACGCAAGCUUCUCUUGGAUGCCAGAAUCCCCAUACUACCUAAUAAUGAAGAAUGACCAGGAAGCUGCCGAGAAGAGCUUAUUAGCCUUGAGACGUUACCAGGAUAAAGAGGAUCUGGAAACAGAGAUGGAACAGAUACAAAAAAGUGUAAUCAAAGAAUUAUCAAACACAGUUCACAUUUGGGAUCUAUUUGACUCACCUGGCACUAGAAAAGCUGUCCUUAUCAGUCUUGGUCUUCAACUCGUACUUCAACUCAGUGGUAUGGCUGCCAUUGAAUCUUACACUCAGGAGAUGUUUGAAGAAAGUGAUUCCGGCCUCUCGCCAGGACUUGCUGUCAUUAUUUUGAGCGUUCUUCAACUCAUGGCUGGACUGGGUGCUAUUGUACUUGUAGACAGAUUGGGAAGACGACCGUUACUCUUGAGCAGUGCUUUACUUGCUGGAGUUUCUUUGACCAUUGCUACAAUUUUUUACCUUCUAAAACUUUAUUACAAAAUCAAUAUGGAUGGUCUUGGAUGGAUUUUGGAUUUCUCCAUUAUGUUCUAUCAAGUCAUCGUAGCUCUGGGUUUGAGUCCUGUCUCUUACAUGAUGCUGGGUGAGCUGUUUCCUACAAACGUUAAAGGAGUUGCUGUCUGUUUAGCAAAUACCUUGGCAUCCCUUUUGGCCUUCAUUGUAUCAAAAUUGUACCAAGUCAUCACAGAUGCUUGUGGUAUCUACACAACCUUUGGAUGCUUCGCUAUGAUUUUAUAUGUUGGGAUAGGAUUUUUACUAUUCGCUGUACCAGAAACUAAGGGUAAGUCUCUUCUGGAAAUACAGGAGGAACUAAACUGCAAAAGAAAUCAUAAAAGGAAAGAAACAACGAUACAACCUGAUAUUGUUGUAAGUACAAUAUGUUAAGAUUUGAAUUUUCAUACCAUAAAAUCAAUGAUCAUUACUUUGAAAAGUUGAGGUAUCAGUUAUUUUUUUUAAAUUGUCCACCCAUACAAUAAUUCAAUAACUGUGCUUUUGACUCUUCAAAGAAAUUAUCAGUGAUCCACAUAAUGACCAUUGCAAUUCACAAGGUAAAUCGAGAAUGAAUCACUUUUAAGUUACAUUGCUAAGUAUCGAAUAUUUUGAUUUCCUAAGAUCUUUAAGCAAUAACAUUUUUUUGGCUUUACCCCCAAAAAACAAAUUUCGAAUCUCAAAGAUCUAGGAAAUCCAUUAUUCAUUUGUAUUUAUUAUACAGAGUUAUUCAGAAUCGUUACACCAAUUGCAAUUGGUUCUAUUAUACAAAUCAAAAUGCACCAUCUAAUUUACAUUGAUUCAACAUAUUUUGAAUAACCCUAUAUAAUACUAAAAUGUCUAUCUAAUUAAUAAUAUCAUAAAAUAAGGGCCCUUUUAUAUUCCAUUGCAAGAAGGCGCUUCGACCGAAGUAACGAGAAUGACAAAGAGAUACCUUCGUUCUUUAAUUAUUCUUGGCCAAGUAAUGUGAAUUUAGCGUGUCGAUGAUUAAAUCAUUAGCACCUCACGAGUGUAUUAGCAAGGGCCCCUGCAUAGAGCAAGUUUGCAUGACCAUCUUCUCUUCCCUUUUAAGCAGGGUGUAACACAUAUGACUGAUACUGAUAUUUAUAUUAUUGCAGAAAUAUUUAUUCAUUGUCCGAGAUAUAUUGGUCAAGCCGAUCAAACGUGGUGACAUCAUAAUACCGCUACGUGAAAGAAAAAAAAGACAAAUCAUUACCGUAUCAAAAAAAUCUUUUUCUUUUUUAAUAAAUUAACAGUCACUACGUUUUUGCUUAACUAUAUUAUCUCGACAGUUAGGAACAUCUUAUUUUCCCUUUGAAGCAGGGUGUAACAAUCAAAUGAUAUUCCAAUACAGAUCAUUGUAAUAGGAUAUUGAUAGCGCGCACAUUCAACCGUGUACCGAAUAGCAGUACAAGCUCGAUAUAAACACCAAUGGUUAAAGCGCGUGGCCCUGAUGCAAGAAGGAUUUAGGCGAGCACCGUUGCAUGACUAACUUAUUUUUCCCUUUCAGGCAGGGUGAAAUAUUAUAAAAUAAUAUAAGCAAACGCGUAUAGAAUAUAACUGGCCCGUAUACUCAUAAUAAGAUCCUACACUGUACGUACGUUCAAUAUAGCGUAGCACUUUGUGCACGCGAUCGCUUGAAAUAUAUUGAUAAAUUCGUAGGCGAUAACAGAAUAUAUAUAUAUAUUGUUAUAUUAUACUGUAAGGUUUUUAACAACGUUCACGCAAUUGCAAAGACUCUCUACGUUUCCCUUUUAGGCAGGGUGUAAGAAUACGAUCGAUAUGUUAAUCAAUUUCGUACAGAUUUCUACAUUGUAGAAGUUUGCAAUUUAUACGUUGACAAAUAAAUAAAUAUGUGUUAAUUUAUGCAUGUA